AUGCCUGAAACCGUGAAAGCGCCCAAGGCCACCAAGACCGGCAAAAACAGACGAAAGACCAGGAAGGAGAGCUACGCUAUCUACGUCUACAAGGCAUCCCGUCUGGCUUACUACAACAAGCGCUCCACCAUCACCUCCAGGGAGAUCCAGACCGCCGUCCGUCUGCUGCUGCCUGGUGAGCUGGCCAAACAAGGCGUGUCCGAGGGCACCAAGGCUGUGACCAAGUACACCACCUCCAAGUAA